UACGUCAUAGGGACCUCGAAAGGUCCUGAAGCACAAAACCAUAGAGUUUACCUGAUCACGUGACCCACAGGUCCUGCUACGCUAUGGACAGAUCACAAUAAUGAAGCUUUGUGAGGGAAUUAUGAACAUGGAAUUACCAGAUUACUCAGAGACCCUGGACUCCACGUACACCAUGCUGGAAUUCGACAGUAUCCGGGUGCUGCCGACUAAUGCAGAGAUAAUAACAGUGGAGACCGGGAGCCCAGGAUCCCUCAGCAAUGGCGUCAGCAGCUUGUGCGCAAUUUGUGGAGACCGAGCUACAGGGAAGCACUAUGGAGCAUCAAGCUGUGAUGGCUGCAAAGGGUUUUUCCGAAGAAGUGUCCGCAAGAAUCAUAUGUAUGCCUGCAGGUUCAGCAGACAAUGCAUAGUAGAUAAAGACAAGAGGAAUCAGUGUCGCUACUGUCGCCUGCGAAAAUGUUUCCGAGUGGGAAUGAAAAAGGAAGCUGUACAGAAUGAGCGAGACCGGAUCAGUAUGAGGAGAAGUAGCUUCGAGGACAAUGGCUCACUAUCCAUAAGCGUCCUGACUCAGGCGGAAGCCAUGACACAGCAGUUUUCCUGCCUGAGUACAGCAUCUGUGGGGGAUAUAUCAGUGAAGAAAAUUGCUACGAUCAGCGACGUAUGUGAGUCUAUGAAGCAACAGCUCCUUCUACUGGUGGAGUGGGCAAAGUACAUUCCAGCGUUCUGCGAGCUUCCCCUGGAUGACCAGGUGGCAUUGCUUCGGGCACAUGCUGGUGCUCAUCUCUUGCUGGGUGUUGCCAAGCGCUCCCUCCCUUACAAAGAUUUUCUGCUUCUAGGUAAUGACUUCAUUAUUCCUAUGCAAUGUCCUGAUCUGGAAAUUGCCCGUGUCGCUGUAAGGAUCCUGGACGAGCUGGUAAAGCCACUGCGGGAAAUCCAGAUUGAUGACAAUGAGUAUGCCUGCCUGAAGGCCAUUAUAUUUUUUGACCCUGAUUGUAAGGGGCUCAGUGACCCCAGUAUAGUGAAGACUAUGCGGUUCCAGGUGCAGGUUAAUCUAGAAGAUUACAUUAAUGACCGGCAGUACGACUCCAGGGGGCGCUUCAGUGACAUCCUCCUUCUCCUCCCCCCUCUGCAAAGCAUAACCUGGCAGAUGAUCGAACAGGUGCAAUUUGCCAAGUUGUUUGGAAUGGCACGAAUCGACAGCCUGCUUCAGGAAAUGUUAUUAGGAGGGUCGGCAGCAGAGGGUGGACAUCAUUACCUGCACGCAGCUCCCUCGAGUCUCAGCCUAGAGCUCCUUCCUGCUCACACACUUCACUCUGUCCCCCAGGUGUUGUCCUCAGUGCCUUCUGAAUCUCCACUCCCUUCUCCAUCUACCAACACUGGCAGUGAAGAUUAUAAGCUGAACACUGGCAGCACCAUGCCCGUUCUGCACCGCACCGUCAUUGCCAAAAAAGAGAUCUUAUAGGAUGUGGAACAGAGAUCUUCACAGAGGAUAAGGCAUUUAUUGAAUUUGCUUUUUAUGGGUUGGAUGAUGGGAGUCAUGUCCACCAGCCGUAUUCUAUUUUGCCACCUUAAGAGGCUGCAGUCUGGUGCUGAAUCCUGUAAAUUUUAACUGAAUAUAUGAGAAUACACUUUGAUCCUACUGAAAAAUGAAGGCAAGAUGAAUGUGGAGCCUGUACAGAUGGGAUGCGUAAAAAUGGUGAAUUUUACUACUUGCCAUCAGUCGCUGUAUUCUCGUACAAAGACCAGACCUGACCUAAGAAAAUAAAGAGUUCUCCAAAAUGUGCCAAGGAAAUUGUUUAAGAAGAGCAACGCAGAAACAAGUUCAGUAUCUGCAGGACUUGUUCUAUGAAUAAUUCAGCUGCUUAUUUGAUUUGUCUAUAACUUUCUAUUGCGACACAACAUGAACUGCACAAAUGGACAUGUCUCUCUAAGCACUUAAUACCCCACACCUCCUAUAAGUCCAUAGGGAAAGGGGACGUUCUUUUGUAGAAAUGAGCAGAUGUAAAUGUUAAGAAAUCUUCCCUUUACAUUAAACCUUCUCAUUGAA